GGGACGGGGAGGAAAGAGGAACACAUGCUCACAUCCACAGCGGCUCUGCUGUCACCUCAAUCAAGUCGGAGAUCAAAUAGAACGCAACCGGAAAUGAACAUUCUACUUUCAACACACCAGUCUGAAUCCUAAAUAAAGUAACAUCAUUAGGUAGGUGUGGAGCUUUCAGAAGGGAUUUUAGAUAAUUAAUGUGUCUUUUCUGCCUAUAAAAGGAGAUUUAGAGCUAAAUGGAUAAAGUAUAUGAGUGCGGCAGCCGAAAGAAGCACGUUUCUGAUUUAUUUUGAAAAGGCUGACCGGAAGUACGCGUUAUAUUUUGUCCGCCUUCACGGUGCCACGGUCUCUCAGAGCUCGGUCGGCUCGCAGAAACAGCAGGAUGCGGAGGACAGCGGUCACACACACGGCGUUCGUCCUGCGGUCUCCCGGCGUCGCUUCACGGCCACAGCAUUUCUGAUGGGGCGUUUUUAUCUGCUUUGUACCGCUGGGAUAUUUUCAGAAGCCGCGAAAUGAAACGAAUGAAUCCACGCUGGAAGUCGCCCCCCAUGUGGCCGUCGGGAGUGGGGAGCAGGCAGCCAUGCCCGCGGGAGUCGGCGCUGCGCCGGGCGGCCAUCAGCGGCAACGUCAACGCGCUGCCGCCACAUCACGUCCCCACCGGCCGCAGCGUGCGGGUCUUCAUCUGCGCCAACCCUGACGACACAGAAGCAGAGAGGAACGCACUGAAAGAACACGUUUACCCCAAACUACGAGACUUCUGCAGGGAAAACUAUGGCAUUGAAUUCCAGGUGGUGGACCUGUACUGGGGUGUCGAUCCAGAGGAAUGGGACAGUCCCGAGUUACAGCGGCUGAGAAUGAAGCUCCUGGAAGAAUGCCUGAAGACCUCAGCGGGGCCGUGUUUCGUUGGUCUGGUGGGAGAAAAGUACGGCAGCAUUCGAGUGCCGGGGGAAGUGGAGUCGGCAGAGUUUGAGAUGAUCCUGGACGCAGCAGUGGAGGCGGGGUUGGACACACACAUCCUGGAAGAGUGGUACUGCAGGGACGAAAACUCAGUGCCACCCGCAUACUACCUCAAACCCAAAGCCCAAAUGCUCAAGAACUACCAGAACUCUAUGGAGUCCAGCAGCGCAGCCAAGACAAAGAAUGACAAGGCCUGGAGGAACGUGUCGGAGGAAAUAAAGAGGAUCUUCCGAACAGCCGUGCUGCAGCUUCAAGAGAAAGGGACCAUGAAGAGCGCUCAGGCCAAGAAAUUCCUUUGCUCUGCCUUAGAGGACGAGUUAGACUUUGCCCUUGGGAAACAAACGCCUGCCUUUCUCAGGAAAUGUGUCUGCUACAUCCGCAAGAUCUCCAACUUUGACCGCUUCGCCAAAAUCCCCGACAUGACCCGAUACAUGGACACCGUGGUGAGCAGCGACCGCGUCAUGCGCAACCAGGAAGCCUACGAGCGCCUUCUUAAAGUACGGGACGAGUUCAUCCCGACGAUCGUCGCCGCCUCCAACCUGCGCGUCUACUCCUCCGUCACGCACUGUGACAUGAAGCUGGGCUACUCCCAAGAAGUGGAGAGCCACUAUGUGGAAGGCCUGUGCAAGCAGUUCUACGAGGACAUGGUGGACAUCAUCCAGGCCACGGUCCAGCAGAACUUUGACACGGAGACCGACCCGCUCUAUGACGAGAUCGUGCAGCAUCUGUCUCUCUGUAAAACCUACGCGGCGCUCUACGAGUACAAGGCUGAGACUUUGGAUUAUGUGCACGAGUAUGUUAUGCCAUCCAAGGCGAGCAGAAUGAGCCCUAUGGUGGUGUUCGGUGGACCCUGCACUGGAAAGACGCUGCUGCUCUCUGAGGUGGCCAAAGAGGCCUACACAUGGCUGCAGACAGAGAUGGGCCCUGAAACCGACCCAGUGGUUAUCGUUCGUUAUAUUGGCUCCAGCCAGCCCUCCACAGACCUACGCACCCUCCUCCAGAGCAUAUGUGAACAGAUUGCAAUAAAUUACCGCUGCCUGAUUCACUUUUUGCCUAACAAGAUCCAGGAGAUGAGGGAGCUCCUCAUCAACCUUCUAGGAGAAUCCUCACUCCACAGGCCCUUGGUCAUUGUCCUGGAUGCACUGGAGCAGCUCUCAGAUGCCGAUGAAGCUCGCAAGCUGUGGUGGCUCCCCAUACACUUGCCUCGGACAGUCCGCAUUGUAGUCUCAACAUUGCCAAAUAAACAUGGCAUCCUACAGAAGCUCCGACACCUUAUUCAUGAUGAGGGGUACUAUGUGGAAUUAAUUCAAAGGGACCGCAAGGUUUGCAGCCAAACAUUAAAGCAGCAGUUGCUGGGGGUGAAGAGGAAAGUAACCUCAGGCCAGCAGAUCUAUGUCAAUGAGGCACUUGCGAAGUGUACACUACCAAUGUUUGUCAACCUCAUCUACAGAGAAGUAGUCCACUGGAGGUCUCACAAAGAUGUGGAUGACAAGUCCCUGUGCUCCACAGUGCAUGAAAGCAUAGAGCAUCUCUUCUACUCAGUGGAGAACAAGCUGGGCCAAAGAUUUGUCUUCAGAGCAUUAGGCUACAUCACUAUGGCCAAAGCUGGACUAACUGAGGUUGAGCUGGAAGAUAUUCUGUCCCUGGAUAACAUAGUCCUUGGUGAUGUUAUUGUAGCAACUUACCUCAAAAACCCUUUGAGGAUCUCUUACCACCUGGUUGCAAAGCUCAAAGAGGAGCUGGAGGGAUAUCUUGUGGAACGUCAAGUACGUAACGUAACCCUGAUGGUCUGGGCCAACAGACACCUGCAUCUCAUUGCCCAGAAGCUGUAUCUCAGCAAUGAAGAGGAUGUCCAUCAAAUGCACAGCCUCCUAGCAGAGUAUUUCUUAGGGGCAUGGUCAGGGGGCAGGAAGAAGAUAUUUACGUAUGAUAACAACCAUUUCACUUCCCUCAACAUAUCUCAUCACAAAAACCCCCAUCAUCAACAGUCCCAUGAAAAAACAUCAUCAGAUAAGUAUUCGUAUGACAGGCAAACUCCUGAGCAGCCUUGGGUGUUCCAGUGCAACCUUUUGGAACCUGACAUUUUCUUUGUAAACCACAGAAAGAUGACAGAGCUGGUGUACCACCUUACCAGGAGUGGGCGCACUGAUGACCUCAUGUUUGGUGUCAUCAUGAACUUCAGCUGGCUUUACACAAUGAUAAAGAUAGGUCAGUUUGAAAAAGCUUUAACUGACAUUGACCUAGCUUACAGCUACACCCAAGAGAAAGAGCUGAAGUUUCUGGCCACGACUUUGCGUAGCAUCAAGGUAAAAGUUAUGAAAAAUCCAGCAUCACUUUCUGCAGAACUGCAGCAGCGGCUUUUGCCAGUCGUCACCUCCCUCCCAAAGCUCAGACACCUUCUCUUAGAGUGUGACAAAGAUGGCCCGAAGUACUGCUCCAUAGUGCCUCUCCACUCCUCUAUGGAUGUCACCUACAGUCCAGAAAGGCUUCCUCUGUGCUCUAGCUACAUGCAGAUUGUGGAGAUCUUGCCAACCCUAGCUCCAAACAUAGUGCUUGUAGCCCUGGAAGAUGGUUCUGUCAGUACCUGGGAUGUAGAGAGCAGACAGCUCCUGCGACAAAUUGACACAGCCAGGUCUGUUGUGCUGGGAAUCAGGUUAACCACUGAUGAAAAGUAUCUAGUUGUGGCUACAACCAAAAACACACUGCUUAUCUAUGAUAAUCACAAGUCCUGCCUUUUAUCUGAGGUCGAAAUCAAGGGGUCCAAGCAAAGUGGUGUUGCUGGCGGGGUGGCCUUCAUCAAUGGUUUUACUUUGUCCACUCAUCAUGCUUUGGCUUGGCUUGAGGCCAGUAAGGAUGUCAAUGUCAUUGAUCUACUUUAUGGCUGGCCUCUCUACCAGUUUCAUUGUUGGUAUGAGGUUACUUGUGUCCAGUGCUCACCAGAUGGAAUGUAUGCUUUCUGUGGCCAGUACCUCAACACAGCAUCCAUCUUCCAUCUGGGAAAUGGUGACAAGCUGGCCACUGUGACCUCCGAGUUUUCUGGGGGAUUUGUCAAGUCCAUUCUUGUGCUGGACACCCUCCACCAAAUGGUGAUGAUUGACAACGAAGGCAGUUUGUCUGUAUGGAACACCAAAGAGAUCACCAACCCCAAGCUGAUGGAGGACUAUGAUUGUAGAGGGGAUGAGACUGAAGUGGUGGGCAUUGAGUUAUCAGAGGACCAACGUUCCAUUCUCAUUUGCAAGGCCAGAAGUAUUGAAGUACUAGAUACUAAGGUAUGGAAAAUGGUGGAGAAGUUCAAAGCCAAACGUAGUGAACGCUUUGUUGCUGCUGUUCUCUCCAAGAAUGGACAAAGUAUUGUGGCCUCCAUGGAGAACACCUCAUCCAUUUUUGUCUGGAGAAGGGACAGUGGUCAAUGCAUGGCCAGCCUGAUUGAGAUCUCAGGGGCCAUUGUCAAACUCAUCAAAUCAUUUCACCACAACUUGUUGCUGUCUGUUGCAAGCAGUGGAGUGCUCUCUGUGUGGGACAUUGAUAUCAUCACCGCCAUGUCCAAUAUUGACAAAACAGGCAAGAAGAUUCAGACCUUGCUGCUGUCUGGCAGAGAGGAUUAUGUGUUCACCAUGGAUGGUUCAGAAGCUGUCCACAAGUGGAACUUCAGCACAGGUUUUAUUGAGACAGUCUUUAAGCACGAGGGUAUAGUGGAGAACUGUGUUCUUACGUCCUCAGGGGAUCUCAUUGUGACUUCAGAUGACAAGUGCAGCCAGUAUAUUUGGCAAACUAACACUGGAGAAAAUAUCUUCCGCAUCAAUGGACAGAGAAUAUCACAGCUGCUAAUUACCCACAAUGACCAGUUUGUGGUGUCGCUCUGCGAGCAGAAUGCCUCCAGAGUCUGGAGGCUUGCAACUGGGCACAAAGUGUGUAACAUUUUAGUCACCCUCCAAAAUGCAUUGAUCACCACAGCAAACACUUUCCUUGUGGGAACCUCCAAAAACAAACUUCUUGCAGUCAGCCUAUGGUCAGGGAGUGUGUCCAAGAAGUUUGUUUGUGAUGAUGGCAUCACUAUUGUCAACUUCAAGCUGAUUCCUGACUGCCCCGACUGUGCGGUGUUCAUCACAUCCACAGAGACCGUUUUUAUCUGGAAUGUGGCAGAUGAGUCAGUUUGCAGGCGAGUCCAACUGCCAACCAACUUCCUCAAAAAUCUAGAGGACUUCCAGAUCUCACCCAAUGGGAAACUAGGCAUUGUCUCCAAGGGUGAUGAGAACAUUAACGUCCUGGACCUUCACAGUGGAAAGCUGAGGCUUGUCCAUGCUGCUGGUAUAAUCUGGCGUCAGAAAUUAUCUAGAGAUGGACGUUAUCUAGUGUAUGUCUGCUUCCGCAACUGUGAUGAAGAUGACGAUGCCGGUGUUGUCUCCAAUCUGAUAGUGAUGCGCCUCGCUGACGGUAAGAGCAUCGGUACGUGCUCGCUUUACAAGACACCCACCUUCCUCUCUCUCUCUCAGCGAGCAUUAAACAUAAUCAUUGGCUUUGAAGAUGGUAGCAUCGGCACAUACACUGUAGUGGACCGCGUGGAUGCUGCCCUCAAGAUAAAGAUAGCCACCUCCAACAGCCGGCAGAUUGUCAACAACGCAUCACAAAAGGUGAGGCCCAAAUGCGGUAACCAUUCCUUUAAGACCAUAGCUGACUGCAUUUGGAGGGAGUCAACAGAAGUCUUCUCCAGGGACAGUCCCAUCAACGUGUCUGACUCCGGUGAAGGUGAGUCAACAACGCCUACAAAAAAGUCGGAAUUGCUGCAGUAAUGGAUGGAAAAUAUGGAGCAGGUGGGGUUUGGACGGGAGGUUGAAGACAGAUGACCAAGUUUUUGAAUCUCUGGGGUUGCAGUUGAUUCUUGUUUACAGCCACGUGAUUCAGCUGCAGAUGUCAGCCCUCUGGGUAGUUAAUGGGCCGACCAUUUUAAAGCUGCACUCAAAUUAUUUAUUACUUACUUCCAACUUAAGAUAUAGUUUCUGUUUGUUUUACACAUGAAGACUGUUAAAGAAAAAUGCGUAUGUUUUGAAAAGGAAAAAAAAUUAUAUGUAAUUCUGUGAAUUAUUUGUUUGCCAUUAUGUGUCCUUUUGCAUUUGAAGAACAAAGUUAUUAUUCAAAUGUCUCGGUCAAACAUUUCAAAGCCAUUCCAGUGAUCUUAGCCAAUUUCAUCCCUCAUCAUUAUUUUUAUUUAUUUCGUGCACAUCAAGCCAUAAUGUCAUUCUUAAGAGAGUAUAUUUAUGUUUGUAUUUACAUCCGUCGGUACUGUACAAAAAGGAAGAACUAUGAACAUAUGUACAUAUCUCUUUUUGGCUGCUGCAAUUUGUGCAACUCCUUAAAAUGUUAUGUUGUGCUUAAUGCAAUCAAAGUGAGUGCCUGGAAUUUAAAAUGUUCUUUAUGGGCAGAUUACAAGAUUUAUGAAAAUGCAGGGAAUUUGUAAACAUAUAUAUAUAUAUACAGUUACAUAAAACUUGCAUUGACGUCAAAUCUAAAUGAUCAGUUUACUGAAAUCUAGUCAACAGCAUGUGAAAUCGAUGGCAUUGCUCUUUGUAAUGAUAGUUGUAGAAAUGUCUUGGAACGGUUUGUGUAAAUUUGAUGUGAAUUUACCUGCUGUUCCACCCAUUUGUGUGCUGUUUGUUCUAAGGGAAACACCACUAUUGAGCAUACAGUGUAGCAUAGCACCAUACACAGUCACGCCUUAACCAGUGUUCUUGCUUUAGGUCUAGUGGAGUUUGUUUUAAAUGUACCAGUAGAAGAGGACAGAGUGCGUAGCCCAAUGUUUCUCGGAAACAACAUGGCUGUGUGAAUAUAUAUUUAGAGUUUUAGACGCUAGUCGGAAGCACUUUAUGAGAAAGUAUUAGAGUUAUUAAUUUCAAAUAUCGUAUAAUUUGUUUAAAGUCAUCUAGAUUUGUCUUAAACUAGUACUGGAUUUGCCAAUUAAAAGACACAAGGCCAUCCACAUACUUGCAGGCUAAAGUUGACUUGAUGAAAUGCUACCGCCUCUUAAAUUAUAUGCCUGGUAACCAUUAAAAAAAACAGAACAAUUAACUGCAGAGAUGGGCAAAUUUGAAAUCUAUGGGCUCAAAUGAGGGUCAGAAAGGUUUUGUUCUUAUGAAGUGAUAUUAAAAAAAUCUCAAUCUCUAGUUGUAUUUCAUCUUGUGUGAACCUGUGGGGAAUAACGUUAGGCACAAAUUUAGCAAAGUUUGGGCAAAAUCUAAUAUCAAAAACAACGUUACACUGAGGAAAAAAAAAAAUGCUUUGUGAACAUCUGAGAACAGAGUGGAAGCAGGAAACUGUGUCAAUGAAAUGACAAAGACACACAUUUCAGGUAGACAAACAAUUUUGGCCCUGCCUCUACAACCCAAAGCAGGGCCAAAAUUCACACUUCAAAAUGAUCCUUCUUUUUAAAACGUAUGUGUGCCUUCCGCUUCAAAUCUGUACUCAAGGAGCACCUUGGUGACUAAACUGACAGAGCGCAUGCCACAUGACCACAGUGUCAUGGUGCCAGUCUGGUCAGGGAACUGUUUUGCAUGAAGUAGCCACUCGCUGUUUUCCUUCUUCUUAAAUAUUAGCGAUCGAGUAAAGGCAAAAACAAAAAAAGUCUUUGAAUAAAUAAAUCUGUAUUUAGACGUUCACAAAGACGAACAUUUUCUCCGAUUACUCGUCUAACCUUGCGAUUGAUAUACGUUUGCCAAAUGUUCAUACAUUUUUACGUUGUUGUUUUUAAUUUCAUGCUGAAUUUGCUGCAGGUUUUUCGUCGGUGAUACACAAUGAGAGAGUGACAUUUGUAAAUCUUUUUGACUCCUCUAUGACCGUGGGCCAAUAGAUUCUGACUCGUAAUGACAAGCUGGCACACAGUAAAAGCUGUUAACAUCUGGCUUGCUGACAAUCUAAAAUUAUAUUGGAAAAUCUCUGAGGUUGUACCUUGCAGGUGCUGUAAUUGUUGUUUUUUUGUUUAAGAAAAAAAAAAAAAAAAAAGCAUGUCUGUAACAAUUUGACAUUAUGAGCUCUGACACAGACCCAUCAUCUGCCAGGCAUGAUUAAAACAAAACCCACACAAUUACACUUUGAUGAAUACUUUUUAAGGGCUAUUCCAUAUUAUUGUAUGUUUACUAGUUUUGAACUGUUGAGAUAAUGGCCCUCGGAUAAUUUCAAACUUGGUAGCAGCUUCAAGCUUUAAAAAAACAAAACAAAAAAACAACCUUCAAAUAAAAAGCUUUUAUUUUUCUUGAGUUCUUGAAAUUGAUUUAAGGAGAAAAAAGAAAAGAUCACGUAAUUGCCAAAGUCCCAAUUACAGUUUGUGUUUCAUUUUGUUGGCUGUCAUUUGUUUUUGAGGCUUGUACUGUAAUUAUAUUGUUACCAAAUUGUUUCAGUGUUCUACUGUGAUUAUGUUUAUGUUAGAGAAGAUGUGCUAUCUUUGCUAAAACGUUUAAAAAGAGUCCUCUUAUAAAAAUACAGUAUAUUGGAAUGCCAGUUUAAGAGUAUAUUUGAAUGUGUCCAUAUGGGAGCCAGUCAAUGGUAUUAUUGUAUGUUCAGUAACUUGAAUGACUUUUAAUAAUUUACAUGUUUGCAACUCAUAGUUGACAUACUGGUAAUGAAUGUUUCUAUGGUAUUCUUUGUAUUGUCGGGACUGACUUACCUGUUUAGAGAUUUAUAUUUUCAUAAAUGUUGUACUUACAUUUUGUUACAGAGUUGUUUAACUGGAAUUCAAACAGAAAAAGAAACUUAUGUCUGAAGCAAUAUAAGAACUUGUGUGUAUGCAUUGUUUGUAUGAAACAUUUUAAUGUAAUAAAAUGGUUCACUUUUUGCCUCCA